CCUGGCAGUUUGUUGAACGGCUGCAACGAGAGAGAGUGUGUGUGUAAGUGUGAGUGUGUGUGUGUGUGACACAGACACGGGGGACGGGUUUGUCCGGUCAAACACACACACACACACACACAGACAGACUGUCAUUUCUCCACAGUUGUACUCAGAUUGAGAGAGGAAAUUAAGGAAAUACCGAAGAAGAAGAAGAAGGAGGAGAAGAAGGAGAAGAAGAAGGUCGCGACCGUUGGCGCUAACUGAAACUUUGAGAGAUGGAAAAUUCGUCCAGCAACAACCGGUUUCGGUCCACGAUGUUCAACCACGACUAUGAGUGACGCGUAGCUCGUCAAUGCUGAUGAUCAGUACCCCGGGGGCGCAGAGUGGCUCGAUGGGGCUGAAGGACGCUGUGUCCUGUGAUGGAGGUGUAUAAAUGCUGGGACUCGUGGUCUCCGCUCCCUGCUGCCUGCUGGAGUGGGCAUGAAGAGGAGUUUACGCAGAGGCAAGAAAAAGAGGCUUUACACUCUGAUAAAAGGAACCACAGAGUGCACUGUAGCCCCAGUUGCAAUGGAGGACAGUGACCAUGAGGUUCACUCUUCAUCAGAUGAGCAGGACUCCUGCCCUCCCCCCACUAAUAACAGCACGGUCCAUGAUGCUGAACAGCAUUCAAGCCAAUCAGACGACUCAGAGGUGGAGAACAUUAUGCAAGACCCUCACCACCAUGGAGGGCAUGACCACCACCAUGACCACACGCCGCACCAUCAUAGCCAUGAGCCUCAUGAUGCAGACAGGGAAGCUGAGGGCGAAGACCGCCCCCACACCCCUUCUUAUCUGCGCCCCCCUGUGGCGGGCAGGGCGCAGUCGGAUUCAGGUUCAGACCCCAGUUUGCCGCAGAGCAGAAGUGUGGAGUUUGACUUGUCGUUCCCCGUCAGUCCCUCCAGGCCCAGAAGCCCCUGGGGUCGAUUUGACCCUUACGACAAUAGUGAGGACCAGGACAAGGAGUAUGUAGGUUUUGCAACGCUGCCAAACCAAGUGCACCGCAAGUCAGUCAAGAAGGGAUUUGACUUCACCCUCAUGGUGGCAGGGGAGUCUGGCCUGGGAAAGUCCACCCUGGUCAACAGUCUCUUUCUCACAGAUCUUUACAAAGAUAGGAAGCUGCUCAAUGCUGAAGAGCGAAUCACGCAAACAGUAGAAAUCACCAAGCACACAGUGGAUAUAGAAGAGAAAGGUGUCAAACUGAAGCUCACUAUUGUGGACACCCCUGGCUUCGGGGAUGCUGUAAACAACACUGAAUGCUGGAAGUCAGUGGCCGACUACAUCGACCAGCAGUUUGAGCAGUAUUUCAGGGACGAGAGCGGCCUCAACCGCAAGAACAUCCAGGACAACCGUGUGCACUGCUGCCUCUAUUUCAUCUCACCCUUCGGUCACGGCCUUCGGCCUCUGGAUGUUGAAUUUAUGAAAGCUUUGCAUGAGAAGGUCAACAUCGUCCCCAUCUUGGCCAAAGCAGACACACUCACCCCAAGUGAGGUCAAGAAAAAGAAAAUCAAGAUCAGAGAGGAGAUUGAUCAGUAUGGUAUCAAGAUAUACCAGUUCCCUGACUGUGACUCUGACGAGGACGAAGACUUUAAGCAGCAGGACCACGAGCUGAAGGAAAGCAUUCCUUUUGCAGUAAUUGGCAGCAACACAGUGGUGGAGGCCAAAGGGAAGAGGGUGCGAGGCCGUCUGUACCCCUGGGGCAUCGUAGAAGUGGAGAACUCGGCACACUGUGACUUUGUGAAACUGAGGAACAUGCUUGUUCGCACGCACAUGCAAGAUCUGAAGGACGUGACCCGGGAGACCCACUAUGAGAACUACAGAGCCCAGUGCAUCCAGAGCAUGACCCGCAUGGUUGUGAAGGAACGCAACCGCAAUAAACUGACCAGGGAGAGCGGCACAGACUUCCCCAUCCCCAUGGUGCCUGACGUGACGGACAGCGAGACAGAAAAACUCAUCCGAGAGAAAGACGAGGAGCUGCGGCGGAUGCAGGAGAUGCUGCAGAGGAUCCAGGAUCAAAUGCACACUCAAAAAGACGCCUAUUAACACAAGGACACCGGUCACGCUGUGUACAUGUCUCUCUCUUACUCACUGGGGUGAAAAAAAAAACAACAACAAAAAAAAACACCCAGGAAAACUUUUAUUCCUCUCUUGAACAUUGACAUCCCUACAUGUCCAAACAGCCGCCACUCAGCCUCAUCAACAGCACAUCACACAUGGACCAGGGACCUGGCGAGGAGGUGGUAAGACGUUCUGACAUUAGCAGCUUAUAUCCUCUCCAGAAUCACUGCUGCAACACACUCGACCCUCCACUCUGCUGUUUUCUGUUUUGUCAAAAGUAUAAAAGAGAAAAAAAAAAAAAAAUUAAAAAAAAAGCAGACUUGUUUGUUUGUUUGAAUGAAUCGGCCUCUAGUUUGAGGGUCUGUGUAGUAAACUAGUGGAAUAGCAGCAUUUUUCAACUUUAUUUAGCCACAUGAUCACAGUGUUGUUGUUUAUGUUUUAAGGUCUGAUACUGUAUGAGGUUUACAUCUAAGUACUGGUGACCUGCUCAGAUUUUUUGAAGCACAUUUUUCUGGUGCAAGUGUUUAUUUUUUUCUCUAUAGGUCAACAUGCAUAUAUAUACAUAUAUAUAUAUAUAUAUACUGUAAUAAUUUAAUUUUCUAUAUUACACUCAAACAUUUUUUCUACAGAUUUAUCAUCCUUUUAUGUGUUCCUGGUUUUAUUUAACUACACUCUACAUGUAGUUCACUGCUUGACAUCAUGUAUGAAUGACUGUAUAUUUUCUUUAGUGUUCAGCUGGUGUGGUUUAAUCUUUAUGCAAUGAUCGUUUAGGUUGAUUUAAAUUUGAAGUUUUAUGUGUCUGCAUGUUUAUCAUAACUGCCACCUUGUCGUGCACCCUCCGAUGCCUCACAGCAUGGAUGUUAGUGGUGCUGCUUGGCCAGUCUGAACUCACAAAAGAAACCACUGCUUAUUGAUCGCCAUAUCAAGAUUUAAUACCACCUAAUUUUUUUUAUUUUUUGUUUUUGUCAUGAUAGAAAAAUCCAUUAUUAUUUCCCCAAAGCAGAGUUGUUUUAAAGUCUGAGUGAGAUCAUCUCAUGACCGAACCAUCAACACAUGUCACAUGUAAGAGCUGAUGAUAGUUGUUCGAGAUGAUUAUGAUUUUGUUAAGACAAGACCCUUAUUUAGCAUGAGGUCAGUGUCAUAGUGAAGGGUUGCAUCAGAGGCCAUGCUGUGUUUUUAUGUUUGCAUGUGUUGUGAAGGUUACUCAGAUUGCUGAUCAUUUUAUUGAUCAUAAAGUUAUUUAUGGGCAAUGAAAAUAUGUAGCUACUUAACUGUUGGGGAAUAUAUAUAUAUGGAGAAAAGGUGGAUUUUUAUUUUUAUUUUUAUGUUGGUCGGUCAUAAUUUUGUCCUCAAUUCAAGGGAACUCAUAUGUUGGAUGUGUGCUAACUUUAACAUUUUGUUUUCUUAUAACCAAAGCCAACAAUGACAAACUUAAUUUGUCCUAAAUGUUGGAUUUUCCUUGUGGAAGAUGGAGAGGAAUAAAUGAUCUAAGCCAAGAGUAAUGAUCAAAAUUAUUGGAUAAACUUUCUCUUGCUAAUAGUUUCUGUACAACUCUGCCAUGUUGUGUGAUCUUUUGUUAAAAUUACAUUCCUCAAGUGUUUGUCCCAGAGUCAGGUAUUGCCUUUGUUUCUUAAUUUGUUUGUUUUAUAUUAAAUUUGUCUUUUGUUAUUCUACUUUUUGGAGUAUAUUUAUGUAAUAAAUUUAUAAAUGAAAUGUGGACGGAGGGGACAAUAUGUACAAAUUCUAAUAUUGUAAUAAAAAUAUGAAUAUUUCA